UGGGGGCUUACACAAGCAGCUACGCUUACAGUACCUACAUCGCGACAUCAAACACACACACAAAAAAAAAAUGAAGCUGACGUGUACGUUAUUCUUCCUGCUGGCAGUGGCAAGUAAUUUGGGGUCCAACUUUUUCACCUCCUGCUCUGUGGACAGCUCCAGCGUGUCUCAGCAGACGUACAGAGUUCCCUACCUCCAAAGGUUAAGUGAACUGAUUGCCCUCUCAUCGCACCAAGGCCUGAGUGACAAAAGGGCGGAUGAGAAAAAGAACUUAAGGAGAAAAAGGGAGGACAGCGAUUCGACACAAGUAGCAGAUGAUGAGGACGUUACAAGCGCCGCCACUCAUGUGGAAGAGCAGGCAGAGGAUGCGGAAGAAGACCUCACAAGUAACAAAGCGGGCAUCCCACAAGAGGAAGACGCUUCUGGUGAAGGCAUCAGCCUAGAUGGGGAACAGUGGGAAGACGAGGACGAACACGAUGGGGGAGCUGACCCAUCCGGUCCCACGCCCGACUACCACUACGGCGAAGCUAAUGCACCUGCUUCCAUCCCCGACCACCACUACGGCGAAGCUAAUGCACCUGCUUCCAUCCCCGACCACCACUACGGCGAAGCUAAUGCACCUGCUUCCAUCCCCGACCACCACUACGGCGAAGCUAAUGCACCUGCUUCCAUCCCCCACUACCACUACGACGAAGCUAAUGCAGAGGGUCCCAUAACUCACGAACACUACGGCGAAGCUAAUGCACCUGCUUCCAUCCCCGACUACCACUAUGGAGAAGCUAAUGCAGCGGGUCCUAUGCCCCACGAACACGAGGGAGGAGCUAACCCAGCCGGUCCCACGCCCCACUACCACCAUGCCGAAGCUAAUGCACCUGAUUCCAUCCCCCACUACCACUACGACGCAGAUGGUGCACCCCCCGCUGGAGCACCAUACGCACCAAAUAAGCUGGACGAACAAGCCGAAGAUGCGUUCAUAAGGUUCUUCUCCCAGAAGCCAUGUAUUACCCUCCCAGGAGAGGAACGAUCCGAAAAAUGUAAUGACGCGGAAAGAGGGGACAAUAAGGAGUAUGACAUAAAAAUCACGUACAACGAAAAAGAGGAGCAUAUCAAUCGGGGUGAGAACAAGUGUGUAAAUCUAAACCUAAACCUUAACAAUGGAUCCCCCCCCAGUGAAGAUGGACCCUCAAACGUUUUUAUUAACCUCUCUUUCGUCCCCAACAUUCCCGAAGAAAUAAUCAACGACUUUUACGCCAUCAUCAAAAGGUUGAAGCACAUGUUUGAGUUUAUGGAUCCUCAGGAGGGCACUGCGCCGGUGGAGGAAGUAGGGAGCGAGCAGGAAGUGAACAUGGAGCGAGCAGGGAGCGAAGAGGAAGCGAACAUGGAGCGAGCAGGGAGCGAAGAGGAAGCGAACAUGGAGCGAGCAGGGAGCGAAGAGGAAGCGAAGAGGAAGUGA